AAUUGUCGCAGAAUAAAUUAAACGAGAAAAUGUAGUCCAAUCACUACAAAGAUCAUGCUUGUAUAAGUGCGAGGGAUCCUACAUACUAUGCCAUAUCCUUCCCGUCAACUAGCAAACUCUUCGACCUGCUCCAUACCCCCCCUGGCGGCACCUUGGAAUCUUGGAUCUCCUGCAGAGAGAUAAACAGAAGACGUCCAAGCUAGCGUUAUACCAUGACGACAAAGGAGUUUUCACUCCAGUUACUAAAAGAAAUUACGGAUAAUUUUUCUGAGAAGCACAUCAUUGGUCAUGGUGGCUAUGGAGUAGUUUACAAGGGAGUGCUGGCUGAUGGGGAAGAGAUUGCUCUCAAAAGGCUUUAUCCCGUGCCUGGGCUUGAUGACACGCAAUUUACGAACGAGUUUAAUAAUCUUAUGAAGGCCCAACAUCCAAAUGUUACCCGGCUGAUUGGCUACUGUUAUAAUGUAAAAAAUGAACGCGUUAAGCUCAAUGAUAAGUAUGUUUUUGCCCAUUCGGAUGAAAAAGUUCUAUGCUUCGAAUACUUGAAGGGUGGAAGCCUUGACAAGCACAUUUCAGAUGAAUCGUGCGGACUCAAUUGGCACACCCGCUUCAAAAUUAUUAAGGGCAUUUGUGAGGGCUUAAAUUAUCUUCACAAUGGAUCCAAAGAUCCUAUUUACCAUCUUGACUUGAAACCCGAGAAUAUAAUGUUGGACGAGAAUAUGGUCCCCAAAAUUGGAGAUUUUGGUUUGUCGAGACUCUUCCCCUCAGCACGAACCUAUGUCACAAUCAAAGUCAUAGGAACAAUUGGAUACAUGCCACCAGAAUUCAUCGAGAGACGCGAAAUUACAUCAAAGUUUGAUAUAUUCAGUUUGGGUGUUACGAUCACGAGGAUAGUGGCUGGAUAUGACGGCUACUCCAAAUGUGCACGCAUGUCUCUAGAAGAAUUUAUUAAGCAUGUGCAUGAAAACUGGGAAAAACGGUUACAAGACACAAUGUCGUCGUACACACCAGAGCAAGUUACAACAUGCAUCAAAAUAGCAUUAAGCUGCGUGGAAAACACGCGUGAGAAAAGGCCUAAUAUUGCCGAAAUUGUUGAUAAACUGAACAUGGUUGAUACAACAGAAAGUUUAUCUACAAGCCAGAUCGCCAAGAAACGAAGCUGGAACUCAGGUGAUCAGUUUUUGAAACACCUACCAGAGCGGCUCAGCUUCUUCCCCGUUGGCGCGCGGGACGUUUUGUCGGCGCCGGCUGGCCCUUUCUCCCGCUUGUCCCCGCUCGGAGCCGGUGCCACGCUGGCGGAGUCGACGAAGAUGCUGGGAUGCCACGUGUACAGCAAAUACUUCGGCUCGCGCAAGGCGCGGGAGCGGUGGUGGCGAUCGCUGCUGGUGCUCUGGAUCAUCGGCUCCACGCUCGCCUCCUUCCACCUCUUCCACUACAUCAACUCCAACGCCGUCGAGAAGCGCCGGGACUCGCUCGCCAGCAUGUGCGACGAGCGCGCCCGCAUGCUCCAGGAUCAGUUCAACGUCAGCAUGAACCACCUCCAUGCCCUCGCCAUCCUCGUCAACACCUUCCACCACUCCGGGAAUCCUUCCUCCAUCAACCAGGUGACAUUCGCGACGUACAUGGAGAGGACGGCGUUCGAGCGGCCGCUGACAAGCGGGGUCGCUUACGCGGUGCGGGUCACGCACGCCGAGCGGGACCAGUUCGAGCGGCAGCAGGGGUGGAGCAUCAAGAAGAUGUACUCCCCGAAUUCGAGGCGGUUGUUCUGGUCACGAGCACAGGAAACAUGUUGGAAGGUCACAAGAAUAAAAGCAAUGAACCACUUCUCGCCUGAUGUGUUUACUCUUUCGUUUUGCUAUUUUGGAACUUCUUGGAAUCAGGCUCUCCUCAGCUCAUGA